AUGCAGCUGGAGCAUUGUCUGUCGCCUCCGUCGAUGAUGCUCUCCAAGAAAUUCCUCCAUGUGAGCGGCGGCGGCGGCGGCACUGGCACUAGCCCUUACCCGCCUGCCGCGGGCGGCUCCGAGCUCGCCUUGCACGAGCACCACCACCACCACCACCACCACCACCCCGCCGCCGCCGCCGCCGCCGCCAUCCUCUCGGCGAGCGCCGCUGACAACCUGGAGAGGAGUUCACCUCUGAAAAAACUCGCCAGGGGGGGGAUGACGAAUCAGGCCGAGGCAGACAAUUUCCCUGACUCCAAAGACCCGCCAGGGGACCAGCAGCGCGCCAAACUCUCGCCCGUCGUCUUGGACGGCGGCGGCGGCCAGGAGCAGCUCCGUCCCGCCUUCGAUGGAGCGGCUGCGGCUGCGGCACCGCCUCCUCCCGCUCCGGCCGCCGCCGCCGCCGCCUCGGCUCCCUCGCCCGCCGCCGUCGCCGCGGCCGCCGCCGCCACCAUGUUCCCCUACCCGGGCCAGCACAACCACGCGGCCGCCUUCUCCAUCGCCAGCCCCGGCCGCUACAUGGCGCACCACCCGGUCAUCGCCAACGGAGCCUACAACAGCCUGCUCUCCAACUCGGCGCCGCAAGGCUACCCGGCCGCCGGCUACCCUUACCCGCAGCAGUACGGCCACUCGUACCAGGGCUCGCCCUUCUACCAGUUCCCGUCCGCCCAAGCCGGGCUCGUGCCGGGCAAGGCGCAGGUCUACCUAUGCAACAGGCCGCUCUGGCUGAAGUUCCACCGGCACCAGACCGAGAUGAUCAUAACCAAGCAAGGCAGGCGAAUGUUCCCUUUCUUAAGUUUCAAUAUUUCUGGUCUGGAUCCCACGGCUCACUACAAUAUUUUUGUGGAUGUCAUCCUAGCCGAUCCUAACCACUGGAGAUUUCAAGGCGGCAAAUGGGUUCCUUGCGGAAAAGCGGACACCAAUGUACAAGGGAACCGUGUCUACAUGCACCCCGACUCGCCCAAUACCGGAGCCCACUGGAUGCGCCAGGAAAUCUCCUUUGGGAAACUGAAACUGACCAACAAUAAAGGCGCCUCUAACAACAACGGGCAGAUGGUGGUGCUGCAGUCGCUCCACAAAUACCAGCCCCGUUUGCACGUGGUGGAGGUGAACGAGGACGGCACGGAGGACACCAGCCAGCCCGGCCGGGUGCAAACCUUCACCUUCCCGGAGACGCAGUUCAUCGCGGUCACCGCCUACCAGAACACCGAUAUCACGCAGCUGAAGAUAGAUCACAACCCCUUUGCAAAAGGCUUCCGAGACAACUAUGACACGAUCUACACGGGCUGCGACAUGGACCGCUUGACUCCGUCGCCCAACGACUCGCCCCGCUCGCAGAUCGUGCCGGGGGCUCGCUACGCCAUGGCGGCCGCGGCGGCGGGCUCCUUCCUGCAGGACCAGUUCGUCAGCAACUACGCCAAGUCGCGCGGCUUCCACCACCACCACCACCACCACCCGGGGGCGGGCGGCGGGGCCGGCGUGGGGCCGGGCGGGCCGGUGCCCGAGCGAGGCGUGCCUCACCCCAACGGGCUGCUCUCCCCGCAGCAGGCCGAGGAGCCCGGCGCGCCGUCGCCUCAGCGCUGGUUCGUCACGCCCGCCAACAACCGGCUGGACUUCGCCGCCGCUGCCGCCGCCUCGGCCUACGACCCCGCGGGCGACCUGGCGGGGAACGCCGCCACCCUGCUCUCCUACGCGGCUGCCGGCGUCAAAGCGCUGCCGCUGCAGGCCGCCGGCUGCACCGCCCGCCCGCUCGGCUACUACCCGGACCCGUCGGGCUGGGGCGCGCGCAGCCCGCCCCAGUAUUGCGCCAAGGCCUUGUCGUGCUGGCCCAACAGCGGCGGCGGCGGCGGCGGCGGCGGCAGCGCCCGCGCCGGAGGCAACCCCUAUUUGCCCGCCGGGGCCGGCGGCGGCGAGGAGCCCGACAGCCUGGGGCCUCCCGAGCGCUCGCCGUUGGUGGCGCCGCCGCCGCCGCCGCCGCCGGCCGCCGGGCAGCCCCCCGAGGACUCCAAGCCGCCCAAGGACUUGUCCGACUCGAGCUGGAUCGAGACGCCCUCGUCCAUCAAGUCCAUCGACUCCACCGACUCUGGGAUUUACGAGCAGGCCAAGCGCCGGCGGCUCUCCCCGGCGGGCACCCCGGCGUCCGAGAGCUCGUCGCCGCUCAAGAGCGAGCCCGCCUUGGCGCCCAGGGACUGCGACAAGACCUGCGCCAAGGACAUGUCGGGCUACUACGGCUUCUACGCGCACAGCUAG